GGAUGGAGGGGAGCCAUGCUGAUCAUGGGGGCAAUCACCUGUAAUCUCAUACCUCUAACCGUUAUGGUUGAUACAAACAUUCAUGACAAGUCAGAAAAUGUGGCCACUUCUGAUUCAGUUAAAUACCACAACCAUUCUGAAGAAAUAUCUAUCAAGGAUCGAGACAGGAGUUCACUCCAAGAAUGUUCGUCAAUGGUGACUAAUAAUGGCCUAAACAAUGAUGCCACCGUGGGAUCAGAGAAUGAAUCUAUUCUGCGUCAUACGGAACACUGUCAAGGUUUGAUCUCUGGAACGGUUCAAGAUGAAUGCGAUGAAAUGCAAGACACAUCACUUCAACAAUACAAAGAACCGCUAGGAGAUCGUUGUCCCACAUCCAUGACCACCACGUCUGAACAAGAUAAAGGCGAUUUGUGCAGUGAAUCAUGUUCAUUGAUGGAAAUAAAUGACAACUUACAAUCCCCAACCCACGGCCGACAUCAACAGGGAGUGAACGACUUGUCAAGUUCAGGCACCGAUCAUCCAUCUGCGGAUACUACCUCGAAGCUCUCUCUCAAAAGAAUUCGUCGGACUUUGAUGGACUCCGUAUACAAUCAGGACAGAUGUCUAAUUGUCAUCAUGGUUGCAAAUGCCUUUGUUGCCAUGUUACAUGGAGGAUGGCAUGCUUUCUUUAUACCUCGAGCCAUCAGUCGAGGAAAGUCUCUCUACUCAACGCUCUGUCUUUUAUACUCCACAUCUGUUGCGUGUUUUCUUUCGCGUAUCUUCAUCGGCGUCAUUCUAACUUCAAAACUGGUUUCUGGUUACGACCUCUUCCUUCUCCUGAGGCUAGUCAACAUUGCCUCGAUGCUUGUCGAUAUCUUCUCUGCCAACUUCGCCGUCAUGAUCGUUACGUCAUUUAUUACGUCAUUUGCCAUCAAUGAAGAAAACAUGUUCAUGAUUUUCGUCUCCAAGGAACGGUCUCCUAGCUCGGCCUUUCCGCUCGUUUUCGCCAUGAUGCAAAUCUCUUUCGGGAUAGGAGCUCUCGUUGGUACUUAUCUGACAGGAAUGCUGGCAGACAUGACGGGAAGCUACACAACAUCGUUUAUAUGGCUCCUGGCUAUAGAGGGCGUCAUCUUCUUCAUGAUGAUUCCUCCCCGUUUCAUCAGAUCAAAGUUUCAGAAGGAAUCACAAGACUUGCAAUCAUAAUAAUUGGAAAAGAAAGUUUCAUAAAAAGCGAUUUAUUACCAGUUACACCCGACCAAAGCGUAAACAUUUGGAAAGAACUGGUACAUUAUGCUAGGGUGCUCUUUGUAGAUUUCUCUUCUGCAUUUAAUGCGAUAGUUCCUGGAACCUUGGUGAAAAAAAACUAAGCAGUGUUGUGAGUCCCAAAUUAUGUCAAUGGUUAAGGGAUUUCAUGAUAAACAAGGUGCAACAAGUACGUUUUGGAAAUGUUAUGUCCCAAGUUAGACGACUUAGCACAGGUACUCCACAAGGAUGUGUGCUCUCGCCCAUCCUUUAUACAUUGCUUACUAGUGAUUUAUCUUGGUCACUUUUGGUUCCACAUAGCGCUUGCCCUGCCCUUGUCUAAACGAUGCCAUCUUACCACUCAGCAAAUUAAAUUACGCUGACUUUUCGGCGGGCCUAGGUAACUCAGGCAUAGAUUAGGGGCGUCUGUGUACCUAAGUGUUCGGAGGGGUUCAUAUUCAAUCUCAAAAUUUGACAAUAUAAAAAUAAAAUGUAAGCAAAACAUUCAUGGGCUUGGUUAGUGUUACUUUACAGUGCGGAUUAUUUGUUAUAUCUAUAGACAUCAACAUAUACACAACAUAUAUAAAUAUGCAUAUAAUUAUAUACAUACGUACCUGCACACAUGCAUAUCCCUUCCUAUCAUGCGGGCUUGUCCAAAAUAAAUAAUUUGUAAAGACUAUUUUGUUAAGAUACGUAAUUCUGUUAAGUACAGCAUACCAUGUUCACUACUUUAUUGAA